AUGCGACCGCAGCGUGACAGUCGGUCCCGUCCGAUUGGGCUUAGUCUGGAGGAUCUCCAGACAAUAGGGUCCCGUCCAUCUCGGCUUCCUCCGGAGGAUCUGCAGACAAUACAGCGAUGGAAGAGGGAGCCCAAGAAGGUUACAGAGGCCAUCCGCGCAUCCACGCCUGAAGAGGUGCAGCAUGCCUUCACCCUCCUGAGGGAGGGCCAUCUUGAGACGAACGCGCUCCACUGCUCUGCAGCGAUUACCAGCUACAGGGAAGGUAAGGCUUGGAUGAAGGCGAUCGGAACCUUCAGCUCGAUGGCGCAGAAGAGCAUCCCCUGCAACGAGGUCACGCACAACUUGGCACUUAGUUCGUUUGCAGCUGGCAACCAAUGGGUGCAAUCUCUACAGCACCUGAUCUCUAUGAAGCUGAUCUUCAUCUACCCCUCUGCAGUGAGCUUCUGCUCAGUGCUUGUCGCCGUCUCACGGGAAAGCCUGUGGCAAGCAGCGCUCGCAAUUUUCGAAGAGAUGCAAGGGGCUUCUGUGCAAGCAGACGUGAUAUCUUUCAAUACAGUCAUUAGUGCAUGUGGCCGGGGUGGUCAGUGGUUACUGGCUGUUGAUCUCCUCGAUCAAGUCAAGUCGUCAGUGAGGCCCACCGAUGCAAGCUACUCUGCCACAAUUAGUGCAUGCGGCACGGCCUUCAAAUGGCAACAUGCAGUGGCACUACUACAGGACAUGAGCACGCACAAAUUGACGGGCCGGAACAGCUACAACGCAGCAAUCAGUGCCUGUGAGAAGUGUGGUCAGUGGCUUGCGGCGCUGGCCCUUCUGCACAAGAUGGCAGAGGUCCAAAUCUCCAAGGACCGUGUCACCUGCAACGCUGCAAUAGGCGCUUGCGCCAAGUCUGCGCAAUGGGCUGCAGCCUUGUCUCUCUUUCACAGCAUGCACGUCAACUCCAUCGAACCUGGUGCCAUCACCCACAACACUGUCAUCACAGCCUGUGAGAACGGGCUGCAGUGGCGUUUGGUUCUGGCGCUGACAGAUGCCGACCCAGGAUUCACGUCCAGCACUCGGUCCACUGCCACGGAGUUGCACCACGCAGUGAGGCAGCUGACCAAGCAGGCGCCAUCGCAAGACGUGUGGGACCAGGGCGACGAAGCGGCGAGGCGGGCCAGCCGCAUGGUCGGGGAGUUCAAGCCAAAGGAGUUGGUGAGUCUUCUGAGGGCCUUUGCCUCCAUGCUGGUCACGAAGGAGGCGCUCUUCCGCGAGGCAGCCGAGAUUCUUCCGCCGCACAUGGGCGCGGGCGUGCUGCAAGCCCAGGAGCUCGCGAAUCUUUGCUGGGCUUACGCGGUGGGCACCGCUGCAGGCUCACACAAGAUUUUCCGGGCCGCCGAGGAAGCCUUCAUCCAGCGCCGGGCAGCUUUCGCCUGUGGCUCCUUGCAACAAGAUGAUGCAGCACGGGACUUUGCUGAAGGCUUGCUGGGGACAAUCUGGUCACUGAGUUAUUCACAAAACCUGCAGCCAGGCUUCCUGCGGUUUGCCCAGAGUGCUCUGUUGCAGCUCACGGAGCCACUUCGCUCUCAGACGCCCGAACUCCCGUCUGGCUCACAGACGGUUGCGGGGAUGGGUCCCCGUGAGAUACUCGGGAUGCCCGGGGUGGUCGUGAUCCACAAGCCGGCAGGCUGGUGCGUGGAUCAAGGCGAGGAAAGCCUUGCUGAGGGGGACGAUGUGGAGGACAUGAACUUCUUGUCCAGCUUUGUAUCAACGCGCAUACCGGCCCGGCGUUUCCCCAUCCUCAGUGACAAGCUCCACUGGCGGGGCUUUGUGCAUCGAAUUGAUGUGCCAUCAUCAGGCCUGAUCUUGACAGCCACAUCGCAUCAAGCAUUCUACAGCCUGCGACUGCAGACGGCUUGUGGCAGCUUCGUAAGAGACUACCAGGUCCUUUGUCAUGGAUGGCUGCGUGGCCGGCAAGAUGUGCGCGCCGCAGUGCACUGGGUGAGCGAUGGACGGACCACCAGCAGCCUCAUCAGCCCGUUCGGCCGGCCGGCCCUUACGCGGCUGAGGUUGUCAGCAUCUUUCCUGAGGAAGUCCGAAGCGCUCAGCCUGUUCAUGAUGCGCAUCGGCACAGGGCGGAAGCAUCAGAUUCGAGUGCAAUCCGCCCACGUGGGUCAUGCUGUGGUGUGCGAUGGCAGAUAUUCCACGCCGAAGACAUACCGAGCUGAUCUCAAAUGGUGUCCCCGAAAUUUUCUGCACCGCUCACGUCUAGGUUUCACCAUGGGUGGUAAAUCUGUUGACGUUGAGCAGGCACUCCCCCAAGAUUUGUCGGAUGCCCUGUGGUCUUGCACCCAAGUUAAGCGAGCCAGAGAGGAGAAAAGUCAGAGGAGCCCACUAGCUGCUUCUCGAGCUCUGUGA